GUCUUCUUUCACGACCCGGCGCCCUAGAAGCCUGUCUGCACACCCCCUUUCUCCCGCAAGCCCUCCCACGCCUACCUCCUCCUGGGUGCCAGCCGCCUGCCUCUCUCCCUUCCAGCUUUGCUCCUACCGUCCCCGCCGCCACCCUUGCGGGUUCCCAUUCUGUCCCCGUGCUCGUACGGCGCGAUUGCAGCCGGAAUCGGAGCUUUGUGAUCCCCCUUCUUCCAGCUGUCCCGAGCCUGCGGUGUCCAGGACAGGUUCCGGGUUGGAGGUGAAGCCAUGAAGAGCAAGUAGAACAGACAAUAAUGCUUUACCGUAAUCGCUUCUUGGUGCUGCUGGCCCUGGCUGGGCUGCUGGCCUUCCUGAGCCUCAGCCUGCAGUUCUUCCACCUCAUCCCAGUGUCCACAACCAAGGAUGGCGGGGGCAGCAAGAGCCGGAAGAGGAUCAUGCCGGACCCGGUGACGGAGCCACCCACAGUAGACCCGGUGUAUGAAGCGCUUCUCUACUGCAACAUUCCGAGUGUAGCCGAGCACAGCAUGGAAGGUCACGCCCCGCACCAUUAUAAGCUGGUCUCGGUUCAUGUGUUCAUUCGCCACGGCGACAGGUACCCACUGUAUGCCAUUCCCAAAACCAAGCGACCAGAAAUUGACUGCACCCUAGUGGCUAGCAGGAAGCCAUAUCACCCUAAACUAGAAGCUUUCGUUAGUCACAUGUCGAAAGGACCAGGAGCCUCUUUUGAAAGCCCCUUAAAUUCCCUGCCUCUUUACCCUAACCAUCCUCUCUGUGAAAUGGGAGAGCUCACACAGACAGGAGUUGUGCAGCAUCUGCAGAACGGCCAGUUGCUGAGGGACAUCUAUCUGAGGAAACACAAACUUCUGCCGAACAACUGGUCCUCAGAGCAUCUUUACCUGGAGACCACUGGGAAGAGCCGCACCCUGCAGAGCGGGCUGGCCUUACUCUAUGGCUUCCUCCCAGAUUUUGACUGGAAGAAAAUUUAUUUCAAGCACCAGCCAAGUGCCCUAUUCUGUUCUGGAAGCUGCUACUGCCCACUGAGAAACCAGUAUCUAGAGAAGGAGCAGCGACGGCAGUACCUCCUACGCCUGAAGAACAACGACCUGGAGCGGACCUACGGGGAGAUGGCCAAGAUCGUGGACAUCCCCACCAAGCAGCUGCGGGCGGCCAACCCCAUUGACUCCAUGCUCUGCCACUUUUGCCACAACGUCAGCUUCCCCUGCAGCAGAGGUGGCUGCCUGGGCAUGGAGCACUUCAAGGUGAUCAAGACGCACCAGAUAGAAGAUGAGCGUGAGAGGCACGAAAAGCCCCUGUACUUUGGGUAUUCGCUCCUCGGGGCCCACCCCAUCCUGAACCAGACGGUCAACCGGAUGCAGCGAGCCGCCGCAGGCUGGACCCAUGAGCUGUUCACCCUCUAUUCUGCUCAUGAUGUCACUCUGUCACCAGUCCUCAGUGCCUUGGGGCUUUUGGAAGCCAGGUUCCCAAGGUUCGCCGCCAGGCUGAUCUUUGAGCUCUGGCAAGACCGUCAAAAGCCCAGUGAACAUUCCGUCCGGAUUCUUUAUAAUGGGGCCGAUGUCACCUUCCACACCUCUUUCUGCCAUGACUUCCACAAGCGUUCUCCCAAGCCCAUGUGUCCUCUUGAGAACUUGGUUCGCUUUGUCAAAAGGGAUAUGUUCGUCGCCCUGGAUGGCAGUAGUACUAAUUAUUAUGAUGCAUGUCAUGGGCAAGGGGCCUAAAGUAUUUAGCCCAGCUCUGUUCUCUUGCUGGUUCUGUCUGUUGCUAAAUCAUGGUUGGAGAUCUAAUGGAUGCAGGUUAUGUUGGGUGAUCAUGCCUGUGGUUUCGGACAAACAGGAAGCACAUAACAGUAUGUCCCUAUGUUGCGAAAUUACCAGUUCACAGAGGGAAGAGGGUCCAUUAUCAUAGCUGUGAGUGGUCUAGAAUGCUAGCAUCAGGUUCAGUACUCAAAGCUGCCAAUCCAAGCUGAUACAUGUUUUGGCCUGCCAUGGAACCAGCAAACCUCUGCCAAAAUCUUCUUGUUCUUGAACACUUACCUUAACCUUGUUGAGCGGAAAAUGUUCCCAAAGUUAUGAGUUCAAGUGGGGUGACAGCCUUUUUAUGAAGGAACUGGAAGGUUGGUAUCUUAGACUCUGUAGACCUAAGGUCACACGGGGGCAUUGUCACAUCUCAGCUGUGCUCUGGGGACAUGGCGACACAUAAAUGGGUGUGUGUGUGUGUGUGUGUGUGUGUGUGACUGUGUUUGUGUUCCACGGGUCAAACAGAAUAGGUGGCAGCCAGCUGUGACUCACGGACUGUGUUUGCUGACCCUUGAUCUAUAAAAAAACAAAACCAAACCCAGCCUGUUACAGUUGCACUUCCGGCACUUUGGGAAACAGCUGAAUGCCAAGUUGUUUAGCAGGUCCUUUGUUAGCUUCUGCCAGAAACACAGAAUUGGGUCACUAUCUGACAUGGUGACAAAGUCAAGGGGAAAUAAACGGGGUCAGAGGGCUCAUAGGAAAUGAUACAAUACUUGAUGCUCAUGGUGAUUGUGGCACAACAUAGCUUUAAGUGUGUUCCAGAUCUUGUCCGCGAUAGUCUGUUGGCUUCAUAUGCUGGAAUUUUUGUAUUCCAUUUAGUAUUUUUAUAGUCUAGGAGAAUAUUUUCUGAGACCGGUUUUAGAUGUGUUCUUAUCCCUGUAGGAAUAUUCGAUUUGCUGCACCUGCUUAGUGGUUGGGAGGAGGCCAAAAGCCGAAUUGGGGCGCUUUUUUUCCCCUUCCAAAAAAUAAAUCACUAAUGGCUCAUUCCCUUUGACAAGCUGGAAAACUGGGUCCAUUUUUGAACCAUUUUCGUCAGUUUCGAAUGCCGAAUUCCAAUUGAUUUUUAAAGAGGUUUCUAGAAAAAAACAACUUUGUUACUCGAUAGUUAAAUGAUCUUUCUAAAAUAUUUUCUAUGUCAGGCACAAUUACAGCUCACUCCUUGGUUUCUAGGACAAUGGUGCUAGUUUGUUUUGAGGACCUGGCCCGUGCACGUGGGGUUCUCCAGCAUCUGGCAUUCCAGCCCUUUCUCUUCCUUCUUGUCUGGUGUUGCAUUUGAACACGUUUUGUUUGUAGAAAUAAAGAUUUUGAAGAAUUCUUAGCCUAUACAACUCAUGUGUGUCUGAGUCGUUCAAGUUCUUUGCAAGGGAGAAACGGUGUUUUUAAAGUCUACUUUCACUGCUUUAUUUAGUGCUGAAAAUUCUGAGCUCGUAUUUCCCCCUCUAUCUCUUAUUAAAGCCUAUUCGGGUUUCUCUCACCCACUUGCAAAUUGUCAGAUUUAAAACUGUUAAACAUAGCCCGAAGGUUUAAAAAUAAAAGGGGGAAUUUUAAGAAUACCAAUUCAUGGUAUAUGUUGGUAAGAGUGUUUUGGGUAAGAGCCGACAGCAAAAUGUAUAGGUGAAGGUUUACCUUCUAAGACAUUGGCAACACAGAGCACAGAGUUCUGAACCCCUCAUUCCCCAGCAGAUUAAUUCUAAUACAAAAUAUACAAGAGCAUCCCAGACCUUGGAUUCUUGGAAGUGAUCUCAUAGCAUCACUCACGACAGACCUGGAACAGCCCAUGGAUAUGUUAGCUUCAUAUUUUUAUUGUAAUAUUAAUAGAUUCUGGAAAAUAAUCCUGAACAACAACCUCCAAAGUGAAGUUGCCCUAUCGGGAAGGAGUCGCAGCUUCAGCUUCAGCCUCAGUUUCUCCCACUGUGCUCUCUCCACAUACUUGAGACAGUUGGUGUGUGUAGGCUUUUCCACCACACCCGAGGGAUUGCAGGUGUGUGUAGGCUUUUCAACCACACCCGAGGGAUCGCAGGUGUGUGUAGGCUUUUCAACCACACACUGGGAGCAGCCGAUUCUGCAGCUGGAUGCAUUCCGGGUCUGUCCUGAGCUAUGCACCUAUGGUGUCAGACCUUUCAGUACCCAAAACUCAGUUGAGUAACUGUACUCCAGUUGCUAGGAUUUCCCUGUGCCUCUGACCAACUAGCCGUGAACUUAGGUCUACCCACCCAUCCCUUGGGCUUAAUUUGCUCAAGCCCUCACAGAGCUUCAGGGAAACACCAUUCUAUUACCAGGGAUAGCGUAGAGGAAAUGCAUGCGGUGUGGGGAGACCACAGAGCUCCCAAUACUGUCCUGCUGGGCCACGCUCCAUUAACUUCCUAGAUGCCCCUGCCCAGCUCUCCAAACCCUGUCCUUUGGGUUUUUAUGAUGAUUUAAUUGCAUAGACGUAAUUGAUUAUAUCUUUGGCUAUUGGUGAUCAAUAUGACUUUUGGCCCUUCCCAUCUCUGAAGAUUGGGGGAUGGGGCUGAAAGCUCCACCCCUGGUUAUGCCUUGGUCUUUCCACUGGACAGCCUUCAUCUUGGGACUUCCUGAGGUUACCUGAGGCAUGCAAAAGAAAUCAUUUUAAAAGGAUUUUAUAGGGAAAUGGACAAGCGUCAGAUGUCACAAUAUCACAUCCUCUGGAGACCCCACUGUAAGCCACUGGACAGUUAUCUCUCUGAAAUUCUCUACAGGAAUGCACAAAUAAUGAAUAAUUUAGAAACAAACUCUCUUGUCCCAGAACUUGCUUAUAAGGGUAUAGUUUUAGGGGGCGGGCAGAUUGUUCAGAGGUUAAGAGUACUUGCUGAUCUUCCACAAGACCUAGAUUCAAUUCCAAGCACCCACAUGGUGGGUCACAGUUCUGGUUCUGGGGAUUGAACUCCUGACCUCCGUGGGCAGCAGGCACACAAAUGGUGCGCAUACCUACUGGCAAAACACUAAAAUUGAUAAAUCUAAUAAAUUUUAAAGAAUAUAAAUGUUUUUAAUUGCUUCUUUUAGCAACAACUUGGAAGUUUUUCUUUAAUUUCUUCAACAGUGCUUGUCUUGGAGAUAUUUCUGUCUUGGGAUGUGUAGCUAGAGACAGACAGCUUUUUAUAGAAUACAGGUUAGACUAGUAUAUUUUAUAUAAAGAAUAUCAAAUUAAAUUUUAUAGAACAUAGAUACUCUCUUUAAGAAUACAUUUCAUUUUAUCUCUGUGAUGUGUGUGUGCACGUGUGCAUUGUGUGACUACAGAUUCAAGAGUGUCAUGACAUAGACGUUUUUAGCCUUUGAAAAAAUGUUCUUACUUGAGAAUUUCAUAUAACACAUUUUGAACCUAUGCAGCCUGUUCUCCACCUCCUUCCAGAUCCGUUCUCACCUCCCUACCCACCCAACUUCAACUUUGUAGGCUGUAUUAUGUGUGUGGUCCCCCUUCUCCCUAUCUCUGUCUCUCUGCCCCCUC